UUAGCUAUACAGUAUGUGAUAAACUGUAAUAAACUGUAAUAAACUAAAGACAGUUUUUGUAUCAGGCCAGACUUCUCUUUCUUCCUAGAGGUCAUGAAUGUGUGGUGUGUGAACUGGUGUGGACUUAUUUUGUCAAAGCCUGUUCCUGUUUGAAUGGGAUUUAAUGAGGUAACCUCCAUAAUGACACUGGGCUGUGACUCUUUAGUUUGAUAAAUAAUUGCUGCAGACUCAUCAACAUUCAUCAGUCAGCCAUAACAUUAAAACCACCCAGCGGUGAUGGGGAUGGAAAGUUUCCCAGGACCUCCAAGCACUGAUAGAUCAUUAGUCUGUCUUUCCAAUGCAAAGCUUUGCUAGGAUACAUGUAGCGUCAGAUCGUGUGUCCAGUGAGUUUCUAUUACAAUAAACAGAAAAUGCACCGUGUGCUCAAAGUUACAUCAUUUAUUGAUACCUUUUAGUAGAACAUUAAUGGAUUAUUAUUGCACCACACCCAACUAAGCAGCAUAUAAACAGGAUGAAAUGAGAUUCUGGAUUCAAAGAGUCCAGACAAGAGCUACAUGAUGAGUGCUGCUCAGAGUCAGCUUACGCUGGAGUCCAAGCUGGAGGCCCUUCAAAGCCACUUCACCUGGGAUCUGGACUCCAGCAGGUCCAAACUAUUUAAGCUCAGAGAUGCACUACAGGACAUUGGCACCAAUGAAGGAAACAGCUGGCUGGGUCACAUUUACAACCUGCAGGGAUUCAUCCACUAUCAGCUGGGCUUCAUCAAAGAGGCCAAGAGCUUCUUCAGCAGGGCCACUGAGGCCUUCCACCAGAUGAUGAACACAGUCUCAGAUGGUCCCUGGUUGCUGGUGAACUACGGGAACCUGGCUUGGAUGCAUCACCAUCUGGGAGAACAAGCAGAGAGUGAGCGUUACCUGUCAAAGGUCCACGCCCUGAUGAAGGAGUACCCAUCUCCAUCUGAGGACGAGCUGCAUCCAGAGAUCUACGCUGAAAAGGCCUGGAUCCUGAUGAAGUUCUCUCCAGAUGAAAAGAAGCUGGCUGCAGAUUACUUCCAGAGAGCCAUCAGGAUGCAGCCGGACAGGGUGGAGUGGCAGACCAGCCGAGUGAUAGCAUCAGUAAAUGCCUGUAAGCACAGUGGCAACAAGCUGGGAGCUGACAUCUUGGUGGAAAUGGAAAAAGCCAAAGAACGUGAUCCAGAGAACUUGUACCUUGCUGCUCUUUACCUUGAGGAAUGUGCUGAGAGAGGAACAGAAAUUGAAGAAGAAGCACGUGAGUUGGGCAGAAAGGUUUUAGGUAAACCAGUUAGCAGCUACAGUGGUUUAAAACCAUUACUGCGGCUCUACAGAAUCCAUGUAUCUAUGGAUGAAGCUAUUGAUUUGGCAGACGAGGCUCUGAAAAGACAUCCAGAUGAGCGUUACCUCACGAGAUGUGCUGCAAUCUGCUACAAAAGGAAGAUCUUUUCUCAAAGGGGAAAUCCUCUGCAGCCCAGCAUGAUCAACAGAGCCAUCAGCCUCUGCAAGGAAGUAAUUUCUCUCUAUCCUCAUUCUUCACUCAAAAGAAAAAUAUCUCUUGCCAACGUCUAUGCAGAAACAAACACCAACCAAGCUGCAGCUGAUCAAAUAUAUGGUGAACUGCUGGAAAGUGAUCUGGAUCCAAAAGAGAAACAGAUGGUUUUUAACCACUACGCCAAAUUUCUGCAUUUCUGUCGAAAUGAAAGUCGCAGGUCGAUGGAAUAUCACAUGAAAGCAGCAGAGAUACUACAGGAAUCCUUCUGUCGGAGAGACAGCAUCAAAAAUCUGGAGAAGAUCAAAAAUAGAAACAACAGCAAGAUGUGUGGAGAAAUAAAGGAUUUUCUGGCCAACCUGCAGCACUGA